GAAUGGCAUUUGUUUUGAAAUUUGCUAAAACUAUCCGAAACAAUUGGAAGAAAUCAUGUUUCUUCGCAGCUGUAUCUAUUUACGGUGUGAAAUAUGCAAGAGAUAGUCACGAAGAGGAACAGAUUAGACGUGUGUAUUGCGAGGAAGCAAGACAGUAUGGUCAUGAGCAUAUCACAUUAACACAGAGACCUAAGAAAAUAUACGUGUUUUUAAAUCCCGCGGCACAUGGGAACAAGGGAAGAAAGUUGUUUGAAAAAAAUGCAGCACCUCUGCUUCACCUGGCCGGACUAGAAGUUGUCCUUGUGAAGACUGAGUAUGAAAGUCAGGCCAAGGAAUUCAUGAGUGUCAUUGAAGUGGAGGAUGCACAUUCCAUUGUUGUAGCUGGAGGCGAUGGCACGCUAUCAGAAGUUGUGACUGGCAUUCUCAGAAAAGGAAACCGAAAAUUCGAAAAAUCUGUUCCCAUAGGAAUCAUACCUUUAGGUAACACCAACCGAUUUGCCAGAAAAUGGUUUAGAUAUGGCAUGGAAAAGAAUACAGUUCAGGCCAUUGCUGAUUCGGCCAUGGCUGUAAUUAAGGGCAGAAUAAGACCAGUUGAUGUUUUGUCGAUAAAAGGUGAUGAUGGCAAGGCAACAUAUGCAUUGUCAGGGCUUGAAAUCGGCGCCUAUAGAGAUGCUGUUGCCAGAAAGAACAAAUAUUGGUAUUUCGGCCCUCUAAAAUACCGUUGGACAUAUGUAAGAACGAUCAUGAAGGAUUGGCCUCCAACCAUCAAAGGAAAGCUACAGUAUAUCCCAUCUAAUGCAGAAAUUACUUCCAGGUCAAAGAAAUUGGAAAGCAGCAAACAAGAAACUGCUGAGUCAUCCGAAAGAUGGAGCUGGUGGAAUUUGUUUUAUCGCUCUCGGCCUGCUCCAACAGAAGUUUAUGAAGAUGACAGGGAAGAUGAUGAUGCGUUCGAUUCUGAGGCUGAAAUAAGCCGAGAUAUAGACACAGUCGAGUUUACUCUCAUGUCUGGGCUUUAUUAUGAGAAAUCAGCAGAAAGUGAGUGUCCAGCUGUCAAACAUGUUGAUGUUGGUAUAGGUCCAUCCUUCCCAAGCCGAACUGAGUUGCUUCAGGAAGGAUGGAGAAGGAUUAACUCAGACACUCUCUUACUUGGGACAGAGACAAAUGAACAUCUGUCUGCUAGGAAAAUAAGAUUUUCUCCCGAACUGACUGAGGGGGAAGAGCUUUGGUUCACCAUUGAUGGUGAACAUUAUGAAGCCAAACCUAUUGAAGUUAGUGUGCUGAAAAACAGACUAAAUUUUUACUGUUCAAACGAAGCACCCUCAGGUUGAUGUCAACAUGAAUGAAGUUAAAGUCUGUAUCAUUAUUUUUGUUAAGUUCAUUGUAUGAAAUUGCGGUUACAGUGGGCUUUCAUUAUUUUUCUGAGUAGAAGGCAACCCUGAAAAGUGGCCAGCUACCUAAGGGAGAACUAAAUAAGGUUAACUAGGACUUUGGUGCAAGAAGGUGGCUACCUUAUCAAAAUCUUAUCUGGGCUACCACCGCAUUUGUAUGCAAAGGGAGACAACUUGACAUUGAUACUCCUUACAAAGCUGGAUAUAAUGAUUACAACCUGUAUAACAGUUACAGAGACCACACAGUGUACAUUCAUGUUGUGCUGAAUUCCAUUGGCAUGUGUGUGGCUUUACAUCAGCAGGGUUAUAAAGCACGUGGUGAAGGCUGGCUGUUCUGUCUGGACCAUAAAAUUAGAUGUGACUGUCAGAAUAGGAGUCCAGUUGAUCUGAAAAAUGGAUAGUGCUACUCACAAAGGAUAGUGUGACGGUACAGCUCCAUUGAGGUUU